AUGGAGUCUGAGAUUAUUCCAAAACUUCCUAGUGAAAUAGGUCGAGAAUGCUUACUAAGGAUGCCAUUCAUAUACCAUGGCAUGCUCACACAAGUCUGCAAAAGCUGGAGGGCUGUAGUUAAAAGUCCUCUAUUUUAUCAAGAUAGAAAACUGUGUGUUUAUGAUCCUCACCAACAUGCAUGGAGGACAAUGGGUGGCAUUCCUGCAGAUUCAACUGUGCUUGCUGUCAAUCAGAGGUUGAUUUCUAUACAGGAAGAGAGAAUUAUGACCUAUGAUUUUCCUUCUAACAGCUGGUUACAGAUAGCAGAUGUGCCCAAUUUUAGAUAUGGCAGUGUGUUUCCAGCAUCUCCAGAAGGCUACAUAUACUUUGCUGGAGGUGAUUUCAACACAGUGAGAACUAAAGUGUUUUGGGCAUCUUGA